AUGGACAGGGCACAAGAGAGGGAGCGCUCCGACAGGCUGCGGAACAGACUAUCGGGGGCAGGAGGUAUCGUGCCUACCAGGCCUGCACAGCCCUCGCGUCGUCGGAGCGGGAGUCUGGACGAUACUUCGUCCCAGGUGUCCAUGUCCUCCAACGCUCCCACCGUCGGCUCCGGAUCUCACCUGGGCUCGUCGCGCGUCGCCAGGUCGGGCCGGAACCGGCGGCCAAAGGUCAGCUUCCCCAGCAACGGCAGCCAGCAGUCGACCGGGUCGGUCAGCGACAACAGUCUCGACUUUUUGCGGCAGAGGACGGAGCGGCAGUCGCUCAAGUCGGCCAUGAAGACGCCCCAGCGGCCCUCGACGCCUCCUCUGCCGGCCGACUCGACCACCGGGCCCUCGUUCGCCUCGCUGUCCGACUCGCAGGAGUCGUCUCGGCGCUCCAUCCGGCCCCGCCGGCGGCUGUCCUUCAAGGAGCCGUCGACCACGACCACGACCACGACCCAGGACAAGCGCCGCUCCGUGCCGGGCAGCAGCUGGGCCGAGAGGUUCCUGCCGCAGGUGACCAACGCCAACGCGCUGAUGCGCCGGGAGCCGUUUUCCCGCCACGACUCGUUCGGGUCCGACACGGACUACACCGACUCCGAGCUGUCCGACGACACGCACGCUACCACCGUCAUGUCCGACGCCACCGUCGGGAGUCCCAAGGUGCAGAAGAGGCAGACGACGACCGUCACCACCAGCGUGCCCGUCGUCCAGACCCGCCAGCAGGCUCCCCCGACCUCGGCACCCUCCGUCGGCAGCUCCGCCCCGGCCCCCACCAAGCCGGCCGGCCGCAAGCUCACCAUCGAGGUGCACCCGGCGCGCGAGACCGAGGAGGAGGUCCGCAAGCGCGAGGAGGAGAAGCGCCGGCGCGAGCGGAUCGAGGCGGACCUCCGCAGCAAGAUCGCGGGCCUGGAGAAGCGGAUGCAGGCCGAGGCCGAGGACAAUGCCCGGCAGCAGCAGCAGGUGCAGCGCCAGAUUGCCAGCGUGGCGGCCAAGCAAAAGGAGCGGCAGGCGCCGGCAUCGGCCCCGACAACCCCGGCGCCGCCGGCCCCCUCCAGACAAGCGCCCGUGCCGCCCAUAAGCCGCCUGUCGACCGGCCGCACCGAGUCCACCCCUGCGUCUCCCCAGCUCAACGCCCAGGCCAGGCCGUUCCAGCCGUCCCCCAGGCCGUCCCCCAGGCCGCUGUCCAUGACCGCUAACAUGGGCCCCGUGGUGCCGCCGAUGAGCCACGUCCCGCAGAUGCCGAGCCUGGACAUGAUGCCGCCGUUCCUGCAGCAGGCGGUGCCGGCCAUGCCGAUGCCAGCGCCCCUCCCCAUGCCCAUGGUGCAGCAGCCGCCCGCCAUGGCGCAGCAGGCCGGCGCGGUCGACGCCACGCUCCAGCAGCAGCUGGAGGCGCAGGCGGCACAGCUCGCGUCGCUCCGCACGGCGCUCGCGGCGGCCGAGGCGGAGCGCGACGAGAACAAGACGGGCAUGACGACGCUGUCGGAGCAGUGCCAGACGCUGGAGGCCGAUGUGCGCACGGUGCGGGCGGCGGUGUCGCAGUCGGAGGAGGUCACCAUCGCCAAGCUGGCGGCCUGCGAGCUGGUGCGCGACCUGCUCCGCGUCAAGGUCGAGGGCUUCGAGAGCGAGGUCAAGACCAAGGCCAUGGUCAUCGAGGGCCUCUCGGCCGAGCGGGACAGGUUGGCCGUCGCGCUCGAGGCCUCGGCCGCCGAGGUGGCCGUCCUGAGCGAGAGGUCCCGGAUGCUCGACGAGGAUCGCGAGAGGGCCCACGGGGACAUGCUCGCGCUCAAGGAGGAGCUGGUCAACGCCAGGGCCGCCGCCGAGGCUUUGGAGAAGGACAAGGCCGAGCUGGAGGGCAAGGUCGCGGGGCUGCAGGGGGACUUGGGCACCGCGCACGCAAAGCUGGCCGAGCUGGAGGGCGUGGUCAAGGACAAGGAGGGCUGCAUCGAGCAGCUGAAGAAGGAUGGCGACGAGGCCAAGGCCAGCAACGACGAGCUCAGGAAGGAGGUCGAGCAGCUGGCUGCCGCGAGUGCCACCAAGGACCAGGAGUUGGUCGAAGUUACUGCCAAGCUGGCCGAAGCAGAGUCGACACUGGCCACAUCGCAAUCGAGCCUUGCCACACUCGAGGCCAGCCUGGCAACAACCACGGAAGAAAAGACAAAAGAGAUCUCCAACCUGCAGGAGAAACUGGCAGCAGCCGAGACUGCCGCUGCAACAGCGCUAGCAACCGCCGAGACAAACAUGGCGACAGCCACAGCCGAGAAAGAAGCCGAGAUCGCCGCCCUCAACGACAAGCUCACCGCCGCCGCAGCAGCAAAGGAGUCGGAGCUCGCCAGCCUCAACGACAAGCUCGCCGCCGCCACGGCCGAAAAGGAAGCCGAGCUGGCCGCCCUCCACGACCAGCUCGCGGCCGCACAAGCAGAAACCACCAAAGCAGAGGCCGAGAUCCAGAACCUCGAGGGCAGGACGCCCGAGGACCACGCGGCAUCCCUCGCGACGGCGGCGCGGGAAAAGGACGAGCUGGCGGGCAGGGUCGCCGCGCUGCAGGCCGAGGUGGAGAGCCGCGCGGCCGAGGCCAACGACAUGGUGACGACGUUUGCGACGGAGAAGGCGGCGCUGGAGGCGGACCGGGCGGCGGUGGAGUCGGAGCGCAACGAGCUCGAGGAGGCGCGCGCGGCGGCGGCGGCCGAGGCGGCGCGGCUGUCGCUGCACGUCACGCAGCUCAAGGCCAAGGUCGAGGCCUCCAAGAACAAAAAGACCGUGCCCACCACCGCCGCCGCGUCGGCCGCCGCCGCGGUCAAGAGCACCAAGACGGUCAAGACCAAGGCGGACUUUUUCUUUGUCAGGACCUCGCAGGACAGGGGGCGCAUGCAGGUCGUCAAGAAGAGCGAGCUCAAGAGCUCCAGGAGUUCGAGCCGCACUCCUAGCGCCAAGGACGAUGCUAUUCACUGGCCACUGUUGCUCGAAAUGGCCUCCGUCGAGUUCCGUAAUCUGGGACUUGACGUAUGCGCAAGUCGCCCGUCAAGCUUUUACACCCGCAGUUGGCAAUGCUUAAUUGGGGAAUGCCGAGUCCGACCGACACCGAACCGAAUCCAUUGGAAAACUCCGGGGUUCCAGGGUUUUUACAGACGUGGGGUGAUGCCUCGGCUCAAGCUGUACGAAUUUGCCCGUCAAGUCGUUGGUCUUGACUCGCGGCGCAUUCCCGACCUCUCAGCUACAAACUCGCCGUUUCCCCAUUCCUUCAAGACCCUGUUCCAGGACACCGGCGGCGUCGUGACGGCGCAGCUGUUCAAGCCCGAGUUUGCCAGCGCGCAGCUGUCGCGCGUCGUCGCCGUGGACCUGGACCCGGGCGUCGUGGCCUUCACGUCGCAGCGCGCGGCCGAGGAGCCCGGCUGGGCCGGCAAGGUCGAGGUGCUGCGCGCGGGCCAGCACCCGCUGCCGCUGCCCGACGGGGCCUUUUCGCACGCCUUCAACAACUUUGCCGUCUCGGCGCCCGACGACGACGCCACCCUCCGCGAGACCCUCCGCCUGCUCCGCCCGGGCGGCGUCGCGGGCUUCACGACCUGGAGGAACCCCGCCUGGUGGGACGCCGUCGCCGUCCCCGCCGUCAGGAACUACAUCCCCGACGCCCCGCCGCUGCCGGGCCUCGGCGCCAUCUUCCCGGACCGCGGCUGGGGCGACAACACCACCGCCGAGGCGAGGCUGACUGCUGCUGGGUUCGUGGACGUCGAGUCGCGGGACUUUGUGUUUGCGCCCGACCUGCCGGCGGCCGAGUUUUGCACGGCCUGCUCGGGCCUGGUCAAGGCUUUUAUCAAGUUCAAGUGGUCGCCCGAGCAGAAUGAGCAGUUCGCGGCCCUGAUUGCCGGCGCCAUGCAGAGGCACCUCGAGGACACGGCCGGCGGGAGGUGGAACGCAAAGAUGUAUGCCAUCAUCACUUUUGGGAGGAAGCCUGGCUCAAAGGACAAGGGCGCAAGCUUGUAA